AUGGCACGUCAGACUUGGCUCAUCACCGGGGCAUCCUCUGGGUUUGGGGCACUUUUGGCGGAAAGCGCCCUCAAAGCCGGCCAUUCCGUCAUCGCUACAGCACGCAACCCGACCAAAGCUGCUAGCGAUUACCCGCAAAUCGCCUCGUUGGGGGGAACAUGGCUCCAGUUGGAUGUGACAGGCAAGCAGACAAAAGCACAAGUCGAAGAAGUGAUCCAAGCCCACGGGGGCCGGAUUGAUGUCGUCAUCAACAAUGCGGGAUACGGUCUCCUUGGUGGCAUUGAGGAUAUCAGCGAGGACGAACUCGAUACCCAGUUUCAGACCAACGUCUACGGUCCGGUGAGAGUGAUCAAGGCUGUGCUCCCGUUUAUGCGAGCCAGACGCAGUGGUACCAUCGUCAAUAUCAGUAGCAUUGCCGGGUUCAGAGCAGGCCCGUCUUCUGCGGCAUAUUCCAUGUCCAAGUUUGCUAUUGAAGCGCUUUCAGAAUCUCUCUUCGUUGAGCUCGGCGCAUUCAACAUUCGUGUUUUGUUGGUUGAGCCCGGAGCCUUCCGGACUAACUUCAUUGGCGGGCAUCAUAUACCCGCGGCUGGGAUGAACAAGGACUACGAGGGCACGCCGCUGGCAGCGGCGAUGGGAAUGUGGGAUACUCUUGGAGGAAAGCAGCCUGGGGAUCCUAUAAAGGCAGUCCAGCGGAUUCUUGAUGUGGUACAGCUGCAGGGAAUGGGAGCAGAAAAGGGCCAUCUUCUUCGCCUGCCACUGGGCACUGAUUGCUUCCCGCGCAUGUUAGAGAAACUCGAUUCGGUGAAGCAGAAUCUGGAUGCAAUGAGAGAGAUUGCGCUCAGUACUGCUGUCGACUCAACAUGA